CUCAUCGGUCCUCUGAUGUUUGGUUGUUGAUUUUUUUUUCUUUUUUUGCAGCUUCUGGUGAAUCCAUCAGUGGUGUGGACAUCCAGACGUCACUAUGGGUGAAAGAAAAGGAACAAACCACUACUACCCUCCGGAUUUUGAUCCGGUCAAGCAUGGAUCCCUUAAUGGCUACCAUAAUACUCACCCUCUGCGGGAGAGGGCCAGGAAGCUGUCUCAGGGCAUCCUCAUUAUCAGGUUUGAGAUGCCGUACAACAUCUGGUGUGAUGGCUGCAAAAAUCACAUUGGCAUGGGGGUCCGUUACAAUGCAGAGAAGAAGAAAGUGGGGAACUACUACACCACGCCAAUCUACAGGUUUAGGAUGAAGUGCCAUCUGUGUGUUAACUACAUCGAGAUGCAGACGGACCCAGCGACCUGCGACUAUGUGAUCGUGAGCGGGGCGAACAGGAAGGAGGAGCGCUGGGACAUGGCUGAAAAUGAGCAGAUACUCACCACAGAGCGGAACGAGAAGGAGAAGCUGGAAACGGAUGCCAUGUACAAGCUGGACCACGGCGGGAAAGACAAGGAGAAGCUCAAGAAGGCUCUGCCCUCACUGUCAGAGAUUCAGGACCAUCAGUCCAGCAAGAAGGACGACUUCCAGCUCAACAGCGCUCUCCGCAGGAAGUUCAGAACAGAGAAGAAAGUCUCCGCUGAGCAGGAAGAGAAGGACAACGCUGUGAGAAUGAGGACCAACCUGUCCAUCCCACUGCUGCCGGAGAAAGAAGAGGACAAGAAACUGGCAGCACUGCUCACCUACCAGGCGCCUUACUCCUAUGAAGACAAGAAGCACAGCAAGCGGAAACAGAUCUCCUCUCGUUCUUGGUUCAACGCCACCUCCGCCUCACCAGGGAGCGCUGUUGGCAGUCUGCUCCACAAGCUGGGCCUGCAGGGGAAAGAAGCAGCGGUGGCCAAAGCCCUGAGCGCCUCCCACAGCCCCCUGAUCCGCAAACGCACAGGAGGGUCUGGAGUCAAAACUGAACCCUGCGUCAUCGUAGCCCGCAGGAAGUCAGACUGUGAAGUCAACAUGUGCGACAAAGAGGUUUUAAAGGGCACACAGAGGGAUGAGGCAUCGGGAAUGGUACCAACACAAGUGGGACAGGAAGUAACAAAUGACAGUGGAUCCACAGAGGUUAAAAACACAGAGUCGGCGGAUAAAGAACUGACAGGAGCGGAGGACGUUGGGGAGAAAAAGGAGCAGGACAGAAGUUUUGGAGCCAUCACAUCUCUGGUGGCAGAUUACAGCGACUCAGAUUCAGACCCUGGACAAUGAGGCUGGAUGAAGAGUGUUAUAUAUGAGAGUGAAACAGCCACGGACUGAUCAAAACAGAAAUAUAGUUUUUUUUUCUAAACAAAAUAUGUAAAAUAAGAUUUAAAUUUUAAGCUUGGUGAAGAAUUCAGUGUUAUACAUGUGUAAGAGAGUUUUGGACCCUGUUAAUCAGACCUCUGUGUAAACGCUGCAGACUCACCUUAAAAUGUUUGGUCACAUUGAUUUUCUGUUCCAGAUGUCCACAGAUGAGUGUCAAUAAAACUGUAAGGAACCUUGUAAAUUAAACAAAUACA